AUGCCUUCUCCUGCUCUCGAACUCUGCGCCUUCGCCCGUGCAAACUCCCGUGUCACACUUUGGCCGGUAGACCCCCAUAGCGGCGUCCUCACCGGCACUUGUGUCGGACUGGACGAAUUCUUUAAUGUGGUCCUCCAAGACGCCACUCUCGAGAUUCCUGGUUCUGACCCAACUUCUCUUCCUGUUGUGCUUGUCCGUGCAGAUACAAUCGCAAUGGUACACACAAUAGCGCCCAAAGAGCCUCCUAUGAGUAAAUAG